AUGGCUGAUGUUGAGGAACAGACACGGCGAAAUGAAUUGGAAGCCGAAAUGUCACGGUAAGUUUGUUUACCGGUGCGAGUGAUUCAGUUGUUGCCGUUGGAAUGUAGAUUAUGGCACAUUUUUACCAAUUAUUUGUUUCCGAAUGAUGCUGAAUAUGAUAUGAAGAAUUAUGCAGCUAAAGGAGUCCAAGACCUGCAUAAUUCUUCUUCCAGCAUGGUUUUUUUGGGGGGUUGGGGGGUUGAUUUUUGGUCCAGGGAUUUUGGUGGGUUUUUGUUGGAAGCUGUGGGGAUUACGUUUGGUUUGAUUUCUUCCCGUAGCCAAUUGAUCAUCUUGGUCACUUGAAAUCUGGAGUAAUCCUCUUGGACUUUAGCUAUGUAGUUUGCGAACACUCUCUCAGGGUUCCUCUCAAGACUUGCUAGCAGGCUAUAGUUCUAUACCUGCCAACUUUUUCUGAGAUAUAAGCGUGAGAUUUUUAUCCUGGGUGUGCUGGGAUUUUUGAAGAUGACACUAUCAUUUCCGAAGAUUCCCGAAGAAGUCCGAAGUCUUUCGAAGACAUCUGAAGUCUGCCGAAGGCGAAGUUAUUGAGAAGACUCUUAUCCACAAAAUCAGAGAUCACGAGGAAGGUAUUGUCAUUUAUCCAUUUUACACAUGCUUUUCGUUCCUUACAUGGGUCUGAGUUAACAUAUUUUUGGAAAUUGUGUCAAGCAAGACGGCAACAACUCACAUUUUUCAAUCAGGCGUGAGAAAUUGGGCCGCAAGCGUGAGCUGGUGUGAGAUCGAAGUUUUCAACCCGCAGGCGUGAGACUCGCGCCUAAGGCAUGAGAGUUGGCAGGUAUGUAGUUCUGUAGUGUCUGUAGUGGAGUAAGGUUGACCUGAAUCACCUGAUCACAUUAUACCUGCCAACUCUCAUGCUUGCGGGCCAAUUUCUUACACCUGGUUGAAAAAUGUGAGUUGUUGCCGUCUUGUUUGACACAAUUUCCAAAAAUAUGUUAACUCAGACCCAUGUAAGGAACGAAAACCAUGUGUAAAAUGAAUAAAUGACAAUAUGUUCCUCGCGAUCUUGAUUUUUGAAGUGAAAAGCACUGGGAGCGAGCCCGCCUUCGGCAGACUUCGGCAGACUUUGGACGUCUUCGGAAGACUUCGGACGUCUUUGGAAGACUUCGGACUUCUUCGGAAGACUUUGGACUUCUUCUGGAAUCUUUGGAAAUGAUUGUGUCGUCUUCAAAAAUCCCAGCACUCCCAGGAUAAAAAUCUCGUGCUUAUAUCUCAGAAAAAGUUGGCAGGUAUAUCACAUGCUAACCAAAUGAGUCCUGUUCCAGCUUAUUAGAAAGUAUUCUCAGUGUAUAUGAUGCACUUCUAGUGACAAAAUAAUACUUUUUGUUUUGUAACUUGGAAAUGUGUGCUGUCAUAAACCAACGAAAUUGACAGCAGUUCGGUUUUAAAGAGAUGGGAUGCCUCUGGCCACAGACAGAUUGCCUUAGCUUUCAGUAAAGAAUAAACGACGGGCAAGAAACUUUCUCUUUUCUCACUGUUAUUAAAAAGGGAGAAGUCUACUACAUCGUGAAAGUUGGUGACUUGUUAUAAGAGAUGGCAAUAUUAUGACAUGGCUGUCUCAAAGUUGAAGAACAUAAGCAAGAGUGUAUGGAAACAGAUAAUUGAUAAGUGAGCAUGAUUCUGUUUAUCAUCUAAGAACUAACUUCAAAAAAAGUGUUAACCUAAGACUUCUCCUAAUUAUCUACGGUAUAAAAUCCAUAAACGUUGGCUACUCUGGUGGAUUCAUUUUAUUGUAAUAUGUGUUACAACUUUGAAUGCUUUAAAAUGCAGAUGGUCAUUAACUUAGCACCAGUAUCGCUAAGCAAUAAAAAAGUGAACUUCUACAGUACACUUGCCCAACGUUGACUUUUCUGAAGAACAAUUCUACGGAAAAUGCUUACAAGAGCAUUUCUGAGCCUCUAGAUUUCAAAAUUUUUUUUUGGGGGGGGGGCAUGCCCCCAGACCCCACUUGCGGCUCGAAACUUGCCUCGUCUUGUUCUGAAGUCUGGCUAUGGCCGUGACCAUCAUCUCCUGGCAUUUUGGAAUUACUGACUGAUAUCUCCAAAAUUGUUCUGAUCAUAUGAAAGCCGAGUCAAAUAGUUAUUUUAUGAUUCAUUCAAAAUAAUUUUAACUAUAAAAACAUGCUUACCUUUAUCAGCAAAAACAGUUCCAGUCUUCAUUUGCCUGUUCCUCGGCAAAUUCAGGAUGUAAAUAGAUGUUUAAUUCAGCAUAUAUUCUUCAAAUAGCAAAUUUCUUGUCUUGCUAUGUUUGUGGGCAGUAGUGUGGCAAUUUCUCUUUCCUAAAUUGUGUGUCAUUUUCCUUCAUUUUCUCCAGCCCUACGAAAACUACCAAACUAGCACAACCUCGUCCUCAGGACUCUAACUUCCAAAUUUAUUAAACACUAACUGGUUAGGAAGAAUAAUUACACUACCACUCAAAAGUAAGUCACCACCCUCUGGCAAGGUGAGAUGAGAUGACCCUGUCGUCUCGAUCUCGCAAGGGGUUUGCGGGCUUAAUGACGAAAAAAUUUCUGUACAUGGCUUUUCUGAUCCUGAUGUGUUGGACCUCCAACAAUUCCUUAAGUAAGCUUCGAUUAAAGAAUGCGGUUGUCAUACAUGUAUAAUUUUGCAUGAAUCCUUUCAUGGCAAAAACGGCAUUGGGACUUUUUUAUAUCAAAGUUUUUAAAAUUAUCGAUUCGUAGUAUACAUAUGUAGAAUUAAUGAUUGUGCUACUCUAAAAUGUAAACAGUAAGAAAUCAACCAAGUUCCAUGACUAUGCAACUGACUGCAAAAUAAUAAUGUCAACAUGUAUUUUUAGCAAUACACAAAAGAUCCAAGAGUUCUUCGAGCCGUUCUGUCGAUCGAUUUAUGGAACCAUCAAUAUUUCUAUAGAUGGUUUUUACAGUGACGUCAUCAAAUUGUAAAGUCAAAAUAGCAAAGUUUUGCGAAUUCUUAUUUACACUAGGUUGAAGAUAAACAAAAAAUAAAUCUUUCCUCAAGUUUCCAGUCCCAUAGCAUGUUUCAUUUCGAAAAUACAGCAAUUAUUUAUUUGUACCUCCAAGUUUUCACAGUUCGAGACACCAAAAUAGGAAUUAUGUCUGAUUGAAAGAAAGUCUUUCCUCUUAGUUUUCAGCAGUUUAACCAUGUCAAGUAUUAGAAGAUGUGUUUAUGCGCACAUAUGCUAGCCCUCGACUGAAAAGAAAGAGCUUUUGUAAAAAAGUGAACUCCAGAUGUUUUUGUUGUUUUCCGGCGCCAUAUUGGUGUACCAAAACUUUACACCAAUAUGGGGUCUCAUCUGCACUUGUUUGGAUCACCUCUUGCUUCAUGUUGUUAAGGUUUUUAACUUGUUAUGUUUUAGUAGACCAAUUUUAAUAUAAGAAAUUCAUACUUGGCUCUGAGGCUUGGGGAAUAAAACAAAUGAAGUCACAUCGAGGCUCAGGAUUUAAUAUUACUCAUUUCUUUUGUUUUAUUCUCCCAAGCCUUGGCAACAAGUCAAGUGUGAUCUUUAAUAUAUCACAUUCGGUCUAAUGAAAUUAUUUGUUUUGUUAUCCCUGAAAUGCCCCUAAAGGGAGAAGGCUAUUUUGCCCUGGAAAUUUUUCCCAUUCACUUUCUCUCCUCCCCACUCCUUUUGCUUUUCUUCAUGAACGUAUAAUUUAUUUAACAUGAACAUAUAAUGAAGGAAAUACAGGUGAGGAGUGGAGCAAGAUUUUUGUUGGAAUUUUGUGGUGAAAAAAAAAAUUUCUCUGGCCUGCUUUAGUGCAUCAUGUUCAAUUGCUCAGUUGUUUAUGGUUGUUAAAGAUCAUAAUGUUGCAAGUGUUACAAGGGAUGUGGCUCCCUACAGUUGGUUUGUGUGGUUGACAUGUGAAAUGUUUUAAGUAUUUCUUAUUAUCUUCUUUACAGGUUUGAACAAGAAAUUGCAGAACAUCCUGUAGCAAGGCCAGUUAUAGCCACAAAUACUUUUCGCAUGGCCUCCAAAGCAAUCGAAAACACUCCCAAACCCUUACCCACUCAACAGAUUCCUAAUAAUCAUUUCACACCAAGACAUCAGACUCCACACCCACCUCCUUUACUACAACCUCCACUCUCAAAUCAAAUGCCACCUCACAUGCAGGUUCCAGUACAACGUCACAUGCAAGUCCCACCAAAUCAAUUACCCGCACCACCAAUGCCACCCGCGAUGAACCUCCCUCCUGGGGUCCAGCCCAUGGUACCUCAGAUGGUUCCUAAUCCUGGGCUUCCUGUAGGCCCUGUUAUGGCUCCACCUGGGCUACCUAUGGUUCCAAUGCCUAUGCCUGUAGGGGUACCUGUGGCAAUGCCAGGGGUACCCGUGGCAGGGCCAGUCGCUCCCACUAUGCCAAUGAUGACUGCAGAGGAGCAAAAGGAAUGGGAAUCAACUUAUUCACAGAGUGGAGCUGCUGCUGAGGGAAAAGAAAAAAAGAAAACCAAAGAGAAAAAGUUUAUAAGAGUUGCUGGAGACACAGUGUGGGAGGAUAGCUCAUUAUCAGAAUGGGAACAAGGUACAAAACUGGUUUUUGAUGGUUGAUACUGAUUUUUUAAUUGCGUUUUCCCGUUUUCUGUGUGUUUAAGUGCAUUUUUCCAGAGAAUAGGACAGCAAAGUGCCGACUGUUGUUUAUUGUGUAGGUGUGGCUCUUACAUGGGGUUAACUUUCUGCUGACUGGUUUUGGUCUAAUGUGAUACAGUAAAAACCUGUACGUAAGAAACUGGUUUUUAAGAACCUUUUAGACUAAAAUUUGCCAGUUAGACCUCCUCUGUGCAAGUAAAAUAAAAUACACAUAAUGGUAAGCAGGUUUUGCACAAGGAAUAAGCUGAAUACUCCAAUAUACCCUAAGCUACAAACUAUUUUUGCUUCAGAAAAUAAGAACCUUUUAAGAAACUAAAUAGCCUAAAUUUUUGCCAAUUACCAUUUAUGUGAGAACCUGUUUAGGCUAACUUGGGGAAUGCAGGUUCUUACUCGCGGGUUUUUACUGUAUUAUUUUUUUUCUAAGUGCAUUUUCUAGUGUCAGACAGCGAAACACUGGUUGUUGUGUCAUAAGCAUGGCUGUUAUGUGGGGCUAAUUUUAUGCAGAAAAGAUACAAAAAAUUUUUGUCAGGACUGCCUUACAGCCUUUCCUAGUGCUUAUUUACACCAGAUAUUUAGGGGGUGUAUUUCUGCCAUAAAUGUUUAAAAUGUAAUCUCUGAUUAAAUAUGUGGGAUGGUAGCUGAGAGGUUUUUUUAUACCAUACAGGUGCAUGUGCACUGUACGUUGUACAUGUAGCCUAAAAAAUGGCUGUGCGCAUCAGUGCCUUUUGUAAAAAAAUAUUUUUUAUUGGCAGAAUCAAAGUUAACACUUGCACUCCUGAUGAUGAAAAAAGAAUUCCAAUUUUUUUAAAUAAUCCUAACAAAAAUAGUACGGUGCAAAAGUUCUGUCAAAGAGGUUUAAUUUGAAUGGUAACACCAUAGGAUUUCAUCCUUAGAUUCAAAAUGUAGAACUACAUACUUACGUGGGAAGUACUGCUGAAGAGGUUUCAUUUGAAUGGUCACAUCAAAGGAUUUUGUCUACAGACUCAAAAGUUAGAACUGCAUACUAAAUAAAUAGUACCAUGUGAAAGUACUGCUGAAGAGGUUUCAUUUGAAUGGUAACACCAUGGUAUUUUGUCCACGGGUUUUAAAGUUAGAACUACGUACUAAAGAAAUAGUAUCAUGUAAAAGCACUGUUGAAGAUUGAGGUUUUAUUUGAAUGGUAACACCAUAGGAUUUUGUCCAUAAGUUUAAAAGUUACUGUGACUCAUCAUCCCGCCAUAACUUGGUCUUGGAGGGAAAGCAUUAAUUGAACAUCUCUCUUUCUUAUGCGCACUUUCCUUUUUUAUUUCAGACGACUUCCGAGUGUUUUGUGGUGAUCUGGGUAAUGAAGUCACUGAUGAGAUUUUGACAAGGAAUUUCUCAAAGUAUCCAUCUUUCCUGAAAGCAAAAGUUGUCCGUGACAAAAAGACAAAUAAAAGCAAGGGAUAUGGUUUUCUCAGUUUUAAGGAUCCCAAUGAUUUUAUCAAGGCUAUGAGAGAAAUGAACGGUAAGUCAUAAGAUCAAUGCAGACUAAAACUAUAAAAAAAUGUUUAGUUUUCUUGAAAUCACAACUUAAACACAGUAAUUAUCAUCAUCAAUAGACCCCAUGGUUUUUUCACUUUUGACAGGGACCAGUUAGCAAAAAUUGAUCAACAUGAUACAAUACCAUACAAUACAUUUUAUUGAUUCUCCCAAUUGGGUUUUUCAGAAUUAAUUUCCAGGACUCAUAAGGCUAAGUAAUGUACAAAAUAACUAAAAAUUACAUGUAAAAAAGUUACAAUUGAAUUUGAAAUGCUAGAACUGCAAUUAUGAAAUGUAAAAAGCUAACAAACAAUUUGUUAAAAAAUGUAAAAAAAAUAUGGGUAAAUGUUCACAACUGGAAAGAAUGCCUCAAUAUCAGUAAAGUUGCCAAGUUUGAAAGUUAUAUUUUGAAAACUAAAUGAAGAUAUAGCUGCGCAAAGUGGCAGAAUUUUAUAGACCUUUAUUCGGUGGGGGGUAAGUUCAUGCCCAUCGCCUUACAAACAUUUGUGGAGGAACAGGUCUGAAGUCACUUGCUUUGGAUAUAUCUCCUUUAAUUAGACUUGGUAUGUUUCCUGACUUUAAAGAGGUCUUUCCAGAAGUGUCAAAGGAUAUUUCCUUACUGGUCUUUAUCAAACCUUGAUUAAAACACUUGAAAGGGUAUAUAGGGUCUAAAGGUCUACAGAGUGCAAAGAAAGUCACUUUAAGUUUUACAGCCUGCCAUUCGGGCGAGCUGAAGCUAACAUUUACUAGCCCAAACAUCAUUUCAACUAGCCCCAAAAACGUUUUGAUGAGCAGAUUGGUUUUACAGUUCCUCUGUAAUUUGGAUUCCUCAAAAAACAUCACUUUCCCGUCGGGCAAGUUAAUAACAGAACUCACUAGCCCGAUAGCAAAACCCACUACCCCCGGGCUAUCGCAUACAACUUUCUUUGCUCACUGGUCUAUAUCAUGUAUGAUGUUAUUCCACCAAAAAUAAUAACUACACACAAUAAAGAUGUUCCACUAGCCACCAUCCAGGGAGCUGCAAGGCCUGCUGCUUCUGGGGAUGGUGUUGUUGUAUUCAUAAACAUUACUCCCUGAUUUCAAAACAAAGAACAAACCAGGCAGUUACAUAAAGACAUCCCUCUUCUAGACAAGAUGAGAAGGUUGCAAAAGCUAUUUGAAAAGUAUCAUAACAAUAAUUGACAGGGUUUGUAGUGAGUCUUGAAUUCGUGAAAAUGUCUUGAAAUUUGCCCAGCAAUUUUCCAGACUUGGAAAAAGUCUGGAAAGUAGAGGUAAAGUCUAAUUUGAAAAAUGGUAAAAAGUCUUGAUUUUUUUUUUAAAGUUUUUUUUUGUUUUGGUCAAACCCUAUUCAGCCUCAUCCAUACGUUGCAGGGCAUCAUGAAAAAAGCUUUGUUCCUGCGAAGGUCUCUAUUGAUCACCUAUAUGUAUUUGAUAACCUCGAGUCUGGAAAAAGUCUUAAAUUUUGGAUCCAAAAAUUAAUCUUUACAAACCCUGAUUGAUAUAGAUAUUUACAAAACUAUCUGAUAAUUAUCAAUAGGUCAACAUUUAAUAAAUUAAGUUAUUGUUAUUAAAUCACUUACAAUAAUGACCUGUUACAGUUUCAAUAGGUCAAUAUAUCAUUUCACUCUUGUUUUAGCAACACAUUCACAAUAGUAAGAGCUGAGAUGGCAGACCCUCUGUCCAGACAAUAAACACCUGCGAAUAAGAACCUAGUGGAUUAAGAACCUCCCGGCAGAAAUUUGCCCUUUUAAUACCCAAAAAUAGAAGAACCUGUUUAGCCAAGCAAGAUCAAGCAGGUUCUUAUAUGUGGGUUAAAGCUAAAUUAUGAUAAACAAUUGAACAAUGGAGUGUAACUUUGAGAUUGUAAAUUUAAGUAUAACUACAAGAACAUACUGAACCAAACUGUAUAGUGAAUGACGAUGUGAUAUUCUUUUCUAUUUCAGGCAAAUAUAUAGGCAACCGCCCAAUCAAAUUAAGGAAAAGCACUUGGAAAGACCGAAGUAUAGACGUUGUCAAGAAGAAACAAAAAGAAAAGAAGCGCUUGGGAUACAGAUAACACAAAAUUUAUUCAUUCUAACUUGAAAAUAUAUCUCGGUAUAUGUGGGAAUCUGGCUUAUUUCUAUGGCAUUUUUAAUAUUUUCACUACUAAAAGCUUACACAAAAUAAUGGUGUUGCCUUUUUUUCCUCAAACUUUUAGAGUGAUUUUACUUAACCUAUGAAAUAUAUAGUAGAAUACUACACACUAUUAUGCGCUAAUUCCAUUGUCAUCUUCUGUUUACUUGUUGCUGUUUUGCUCUAGUUGUUAGUGUAUCUGUUUCACAGUUCAAGUAAAAUCACUCUAACAGGAUGGCACAGUUUUACUAACCUUGCUGCAACAAAUAGACAUUUGAGUUUAAAACCGAAAAAAUAUAAUAAAAUUUAC